UUGUACACAGAUAAACAUACGCUUCCGCUUUAAAGGGCCGGGCACGCAGCCGCAAAGGAGGCGGGGAAGGAUCGCCAUAGCAACAGGAGGAAUGUUUCCUUGGAUACCGGCCGCUGCCCAGAAGCGCAAGGAGGAGGCUGAUGUACAGACUGUUUUCCUGAGAUGCAGCCCUUCAGUGACCAGGACAGUGGCUAUGGAGAAAUUCUUGAGCCCCCACCUUCACUAUGGAGGCUUGUGGAGCAGCAGGUACCAGUGAGUGAGAGGCCUGAGUUCAAGAGGAUUCUAGGAGAGGCAGCGGUUGACCUGAGUUUGGAGCUGCAUGCAGAGUUUGAGAUUCUGCUAGAUCUUUGGAGGGAGCUGAGGAGCACCUGCUUAACAUUGAGUAAAAGUUCCAUCCACAACAACAGCUUUCUACUGGCAGACCCUCCUGUAAUUAAAGAUAUGGUGACUCAGGAGAUCCGGAUGCUUCUGAUAGCUGUGAGACAGAAGGCCCGUCAGGAGGGAAGGGACAUAGACCAGGCACUGUCUAAAUAUAAUGCCAAAAUUGUCAAUUUUGCAAUGGGGACAGCCCAGUCUGACAGCAGAAUCAAUAGCGGAACUGGUGCCAGAUUGAAAGACCAGGGAACCAACAGGCAACAGAUGGGCAGCAGGUAUAGUGAUGAUCGACCUGUUUCCUCUUUGUCCACUGGAUCCAACAUUGAAGAAGAUCUUGAAGAAAUCAUGGAGAAAUUAAAGAUUUCCGACAUUGAUGAGGUCAUAUCACACCUGCAGUCUUUACUGGAAGAGGAGUGCAAGGCUCUAGAGAGAGAUCUAGUAUCUCUACAGCAACGUCUCGAAGAGGAACAUCUAUAUGCGACAGAAGUGCAGACUUCUCUCCCUGAGCCGUCACUUGCAGAACUAAGGGAGGAGAGGCGGGUCCUUGAGAGAGACCUACAACUUAACCAGCUUGCAGUAACCUCCAAAGACUCCCAAAGGAACCUCACAGUGUCGAGAUCUAUAGAAACAGUCCCAAGGAGCUCAUCUGGGUCACAUAAAUUGAAAUUGAGCAGACGGCCUCUCUCUGGAAACUUGCAGGGUUCUGAAUUGAGCAUCUCUCCUUGUACACCAGCUUCCAUGCCCGCCUCACCUGCUGCAGAGAGAAACCGUGCCCUCUCUUUUACUUCCCUGCUGCCAACACCCCUAACUCCACCUGCACCUUAUCAGCCCAAGGCUUUUGGGAAGGCUACAAGUGGCGGGUCAGAGCAAAGCAUAGAGAGAGGAACGGCUGUGGCAUCUCACAGGCACAUUACAAGUCCAAGCAAUGCACAAAAGCGAGACCUGCUCCAAAAUUGUCUUUCUUGUGAGAUUCCGUUAUCAACUAGAAUGUCGGGAAAGUUUCCGCCUCCAGAUUGUGUUGUUACAGAGCAGACUCAGAGCCUAUUCAGGCAAGGAUUGGUGCCCCAAAAACUGGACUUGCCAUUUGUUCCAUCACCACCAGCCGUGCAGCGACCAUCAAAUAGCUCUAAAUCACUCUCAUCUUUCCGCAGAGUGAGGUCACAGCAGUCACACUCUUGAUCUGCAUUUGUACUGUUUCCUGCUAUUCUCUACAACUAGAGUCAAAUAGGAAAAACAUGGAUUCCUUUGGAAAAAAGUUUGGGUUCAUUGAGUUAUCAGCUCUGACUUCUCUCUAUCACUUCUCCAACCCCAAUAUGGCAGAAUGUAAAGCUCCACCAGACCAGUUCAGAUAAAGAAGCAUCUAUGGGAGAAAUGUGUUUUUCUUCUCCUUUAUAAAAAUCAUUCUUGGGGUGUCAUAGUAGUAACAGGGUACAUUUGUUUUAUAGUAAAUUUAGAGGACAUUUAACUACCGGCAGCAUUGGGUUCCUUGCAUAAAAUGACUGCCGGUUUUUGCUGUGGGUUUUUUGUAGUGAAAAAACGUAGUUUAACGCAACACAAAUCUGACACUUUUAUAAUAACCCUGAAAAAGAAAAGUCAUUACAGGGUUUAGUAUAGCUAGACACAUUGGGGCUCAUUUAUCAACUCUGGGCAAAUUUGCCCAUGGGCUGUUACCUAUAGCAACCAAUCAGAUUGCUGCAUUCAUUGUUCUUCUUGCAGCUGGCUUUAAAAAGCUGAUCACUGAUUGGUUUCUAUAGGUAACAGCCCAUGGGCAAAUUUGCCCAGUGUUGAUAAAUGAGCCCCAGUGUGUAUGCUGCUACAGGUAUGGGGUUGAUUAUAUGGAAACCUGCUAUCCACAAAGUGUUGAAAUUUAGCAAUACCAUUUUCAAUUGUGUCCUAUUUAAAUAAAUAAAUCUUCAUUCCC